AUGUCUCUGCUGGGGAGAGACCAGAGGGGAUGCCAUUCUACCUACAAGAUAGGCAUCAUUUUGUGUUUUCAUUGGAAUCAUCAUCGUUACACAGACAAGCGCUACGAUCUCUACGACAAGGAGGUCCUCGAACCCAUCGCCAUCUUGAGGUCCCUCGACGCGUCCUCCUCGGUUUUCUUGAUUGAGUUCAUCCCGUGGAUUAGGAAACUGCUGCCGGAAUUCAUGAAGGAAAAGUUAAUGACGGGCAUGAUGAGGAAGAUCAAAGACAGCAUAGUGACUUUAUUGAAGGACACGAUAGAUUCUCACAGAGCCACGCUCGACCCGGCCAACCCUCGUGACGUCAUCGAUGAAUAUUUGAUAGCCAUAGACGAAAAGAGCGAAAUUGCUGAGUACUUCAGUGAGCUGGAUCUGAUGAGGAUCAUCUUCGACCUGUUCGCCGCGGGCUUCGACACGACGGCCAAUACCCUGCGCUGGAUCAUCCUCUACAUGGCCAGGUACCCUGAAGUACAGCGUCGCAUCCAACAGCAGAUCGACGAGGUUGUCCCGCGCGACACCUUACCCUCCUACCAGCACAAGAGUCGGCUGCCGUUACUCGAAGCGACGGUCCAGGAGGUUCUUCGUGCGUCGUCCAUGAUUCACAACGGAGUCCAACGCGCAGCUCAGACCGAUACUUACCUGGCAGGCUACUUCAUUCCGAAGGGGUCGUGGGUGUUCGGGUGCUCGGGAAUAUGCCACAUGGACUCACGCUACUGGGAAGAACCGCAGGAGUUCCGACCCGAGCGGUUCCUCGACGAAGAAGGGAAAGUCAAAACGCCCAAGGAGGGAUUCAUACCCUUUGGUUCAGGACGAAGGAGCUGUCUUGGAGAGGCUCUGUCAAGGAUGGAACUGUACAUCUUCACGGCAGCCCUUCUGCAGAACUUCACUUUCUCUCCUCCAGAGGGCGUCGAGGUCGACCUAGAAGCCAACUCCAAGCAACCCUCUGCACGUCUGUCUAAAGAACAAAAUAUUGUCAUUAGCAUCAGAGAGUGAUAACUUACUGGAUGUAAACUGUUCUACAACAUUUCUAUGUAACAUAAUCUAAUGUUACUGGCAUUAUGAAUUCUGGGUGCCUUUUAGUACUAGAUUAUCAUAUUUCUGAAAAGUAUUCAUGUUGACAAAUGUAGAGAAUGAAUACCUUCACAAUACAACUGGUCAACAUCUCUUGCAUUGUGAAAAUAUUCAUUCUCAUUCAUAACUUUUUCUAAUUUAUUAUAUUAACACAAUAAAAAAAAACAUUCUGUAGUGCAGAAUAGAUUUAGGCAUACUCUCUGUUUUGAUAUAUAUAUAACAGAAAUACUUUGCUUAGUACUGUUGUCAUUACCUUUACUUGUGGUCAGUGAGGAACUGAGUAUUAUUUUCCUUUUAAUUAACACACUCUAAUAUUACAUAACAACAUAUAUUAUAAA